AUGGAGAUGGAGUUGAUGACUUCAGAUGACUCACAAUCAAUGAGCGGAUUGGUUCAAUCACUUAUUCAAAAUCGACUUAUAUUAAAAUCUGUUCGUGAUUUAUUAACUAUUGUUGAAACAGCUCUACUUAAAGUUUAUUUAAUUGAUAAUAAUAAUACAUUAGCUAAUGCAUUUUUACGUAAUCAAGAUAAUUGUUGCUUGCCAACAGAAGUUGAAACGGAACUUAUGAAACAUCAUCGUUGUCAAGAAUUAGUUUCAUUUUAUGAAAAACAAAAUCGACAUAGUGAAGCAUUAGAAUUAAUUAAAAAUACAGAAUCAUUAUCAACACGUGAAAAUAUUCUUAAUUAUUUAUCUAAACUUGAUAAUAAUCAAUUACCACUAAUUUUUAAAUAUAUUAAACCAAUGAUAAAGUUUGCUUUAGAAGAAACAAAGAAUGAAAAUAUUCUUCAUGAUAUACUAAUAUUAUUUGUUGGUAAAUCAAUACCAACAUCACCAUCACUAUCAACAAUGGAUAUGUCAAAUGCAGAAACAAUUAAAUUUAAUCCAAUUGAAGUAUAUGAAUUUUUAAAAGAUAUUAAUCAAGAUUUUGCUAUAAAAUAUUUAGAAACUAUUUGUUUAAAACCAGAACUUAAUUCUAAACAACGUGAUAUUUGUAAUCUUCUUAUUUAUGAAUAUCAUGAUCGUAUUAAACAAUUAUCCAAUGAAUCUGAACCAAUGAUUGAAGCUAAACAACAAGAAAUCAAAGAUAGUCAACAACAAAAUUGUAAAGGCAUCUUAUGCUUUACUAAAACAACAGAAAAAUUUUCAACUUAA